GUUUUUAUCAAGAGGAUAUCUUUUGUUAUGGAUCACAGAUGUCUUUGUUGACAAAAGGAACAGGUACAAUGUGUGCCUAUAUCCAGAACCCACCCCCAUCAAACAUCCUCCCCCUCAUCCUCCUCACCCUCUCCCUCCCCCCCCUCCUCCUCCUAACCCACCAUAUCCGCAAAGACUACCACGCCUUCCUAGCCCUCGGACCAGGCGGCACACCCUCCACGCCCACAGGCUACCUCCGCAUCAGCCUCCUCCGCCUCAUCGCCCUCCGCAACCCACUCACACCACCACCCAUCCCCUCAACCCUCCACAACCCGAACGGCCUCCUCCAUACCUCAUUGCACACCCUCCCCACACGCCCCAGCCCCCGCCCCCUCAUCUCCGGAAUCGCCCCCCAGCGCCAACUAACACACAACAACACCAACACCAUGCGUCGAGCCCUCACAAGCGCCCUCCACACCCUCGCCAAACACAACCACUCCACCCUCUACACAGCAACCUCCUCCUUCGAGAAACACAGCACGGCUCUCUUCAUCCAUCCCCUCCAACCCAACCCCUCCACCACCACUACCAAUCCCUCCAACGGCAAAGAAAUAUGCCACGCCCACCCCUCAGACGGAAGCCUGCACCUAACACUGCACCCCGCAGACGUAGCCACCGCCAUCGAGCGCGGCUGGGCGCAGCGGCAUCCGCUUGCUCGUGAUGAUGACACCGGGUGGCUGGGAGGAUUGCUGGGGCGGUGCGUGCCAACUGGGUUUGUGAUGGUUUAUGCGCCGCGGGAUGGGCAUGAGCUGCGCUGUGUGUUGGAGAUUGUGCGUGCUGCUGCUUGGUGGGUUAGUGGGGAUGGGAUGGGUGGGGGCGGGACGGUUGUGGAUGUUGGGUGGGUUGGUGGUGUUGGGGGUGUAGAUGGGUUAGGUUGGACUGAGGGGAUGGGAAUGGGGUCGUAGGUUUAGGUCUGGGUUUAGUGUGGAUGAAUCUGGUUAUAUCUUAUUUUGUUGGGUUCAGCUGUUCUUUAUAGUUGGCUUGGUAAUGUGGUAAAUGUGAUGGCCUAGAUAGUAGUCUACUAUGGUUGUUUCAAAUCAGAAU